AUGGCCACUGCAUCAGCAUCUGUGUUCCCUGUAAAGCGGUGCCAGCAGGUGCAGUCUAUGAUGUAUGACUUAAUGGAGUGGCGGUCACAGCUUUUGUCUGGAACUUUGCCAAAAGAUGAACUCAAAGAACUUAAACAGAAAGUCACUUCCAAAAUUGACUAUGGUAACAAAAUACUUGAGCUAGAUCUAAUAGUUAGAGAUGAAGAUGGAAAUAUCUUGGAUCCAGAUAAAACCAGUGUCAUCAGCCUAUUUCAUGCACAUGAAGAAGCGACUAAUAAAAUCACUGAGCGAAUUAAGGAGGAAAUGUCAAAGGAUCAACCAGAUUAUGCAUCGUAUUCCCGAAUGUCUUCAUCCCCCACCCACAGCCUAUAUGUCUUUGUGCGGAAUUUUGUUUGCCGAAUUGGAGAGGACGCAGAACUCUUUAUGUCGCUAUAUGAUCCACAGAAAUCAACAAUUAUAAGUGAGAACUACUUGGUGCGAUGGGGGAGUAGAGGCUUUCCAAAGGAAAUUGAUAUGCUCAACAAUCUUAAAGUAGUGUUCACAGAUCUUGGAAAUAAAGACCUUAGCAGAGACAAAAUUUAUUUAGUUUGUCAAAUAGUCCGAGUUGGAAGGAUGGAUCUCAAAGACAGUAACUCAAAGAAGUACACGCAAGGACUAAGGCGACCUUUUGGAGUGGCAGUCAUGGAUAUUACAGAUAUCAUAAAAGGAAAAGCUGAAAGUGAUGAAGAAAAGCAGCAUUUCAUUCCCUUUCACCCGGUAGUGGCAGAGAAUGACUUUUUACAUAGUCUUCUAAGCAAAGUCACUGCAUCAAAAGGAGACAGUGGUGGACAAGGUCUCUGGGUGACUGUGAAAAUGCUUGUUGGAGAUGUGAUUCAAACUAGAAAGGACUAUCCACAUCUUGUAGACAGAACCACAGUUGUUGCUAGAAAGCUAGGAUUUCCUGAAAUAAUUAUGCCAGGAGAUAUAAGAAAUGACAUUUACAUUACAUUGCUGUAUGGAGAUUUUGAUAAAUACAAUAAAACAACUCAGAGAAAUGUGGAAGUGAUAAUGUGUGUCUGUGAUGAAGAAGGAAAAGUGAU